AUGGCCCACCCUUCACCGUCGCCGUCCGGCAGUAGCAGCCGCCGCCGCCUGUCGGAGGUCCUGGGUGAGCAGCAGGAGCCAUUCUCCCUCGAUCUCUAUCUCCUCGAGAGAGGCUGCUCCCCGGCCUUCCUCGACGCCACCUCGUGUGGCGGCGGCGCCUGCUCGACGUGCUGGCCCAAGACCAGAGGCACCGGCCGGACGCUGAGGCGGCCGGCGAGGAACAAGAAGGGCUCCCGUCGCAGCGGCGUGCUCAGGAUGCUGCUCUCCAAGAUUCUAAGCGGUACUGCGGCGACGAAGCAGAGCCGGCAGCAGCGGGCCGCCAUCGGGUGGCGCCACGUCGUCGCCGAAAAGCAGAGGACGCCAGACAGCUUCGAGCUUGCUCUUCGUCCCGCUCCCCCCAGAGCCGUCGAAGCGCACAUGGAGGACGACGGGGAGCAGGAACAAGACGACGACGAGGACGAGUCCUCGAAGAAGCAGCUGAGCCCUGUGUCCGUGCUGGAGCAGCGCCUGUUCGAGCACUCGCCACCACCGCCGCACGAGCCGAAAGCCCUGGCCAUCUUCAGCGAGCUCCUUGAGGCCGCCUACACACCCAACACGCUGCUGGACCUGGACGACGUCCUCGCCAUCGCCAAGGACCAAAGCAGCAGCACUCAGUCUAAAGACGGCCGCCGCCGCCGCAGCAGCAGCACCGACAGCUCAACGCCGCCGACGCCGCCGCGGGCGAGGAGGAGGAAGAAGAAGAAGCACGCGCGUCGGAAGGAGGACGUGGCGUUGGAGAAAGACCUUGGUAGGCUGACCAGCCUUGUAGCCUCGGAGAUGGCCGGGGCAAGCGUCCGCGCAGAGGACCUGCGGCCAUCGGUGGAGGACGUGGGCGUGCUCAUCGCGGCAGCCGUGCUGGAGACGCUGACGGAGGAGGCGGCGGCGGAGUUGAUGGGGAUGGACCGCGGUUGUGCGGUUGGCGUGGCAGGGUGGUGUGGACGAUGCUGA